CACUAGGACCCAGUUAAAAAACAGAGACCUGAUACCCCGCCACAGCAGCAUGAGGGAGGGGGAGAGAUUGCGCAUGCGCUCCACGCUGAUACAAGAUGGCGGCCGCUAACAGAGGCCUGUUACCGGGAGCAAAGCUCGGGAGCUAAAAACGCCGGACCUGCGGGAUGAUAUCCAUGGAUGUUAGAAAGGGAAAUUUUGUAGACAGGAACCUCAAGCCAGAUAUCACAUUAGGCUCCGAACAUCACCAACCAUUGGACAUGGAGUCAGGAAGCACUAUUCACAGCAUGGAGAAACUAUACACAUGUUCUGUGUGUGGACGAGGUUUCAACCGAUCAUUAAACUUGUCAAAGCACAAGUGCAGUGUCACUGGGGAGAAACCAUGGGAAUGUGAGCACUGUGGAAAGGGAUUCAAUUAUUUGUCUGAGCUGAAUAUUCAUCGCCGCAGUCACACUGGAGAGAGACCAUUCAGCUGCUCCAAUUGUGGUAAAGGAUUCUCCAAAUCAUCCCACCUUCUAAGACACCAGCGAGCUCAUACUGGUGAGAGACCAUUCACAUGCUCAGUGUGUGGCAAGAGCUUCACUAACUCAUCAAAUCUCUUGUCACACCAUCUUAUUCACAGUGAGGAGAGACCUUUUAAAUGUUCUUACUGUGGAAAGGAUUAUAAAAGGAAAAAUGAUCUGUUGACCCAUAAACGCAGUCAUACUGGAGAGAAGCCGUUCACCUGCUGUAUUUGUGGGAAGAGUUUCGCGCGAUCAUUUGACCUUCUGACACACCAACUCAUUCAUACUGAUAAGAGGCCAUUUAAAUGUCCUGACUGUCAGAAAAGUUUCAAAACUCGAAAUGAUCUAUUGAUGCACCAGCAAAACCAUACCAGGGAGAGACCUUUCACCUGCUCUUGCUGUGGGAAAGGAUUCACUUGGAUGUCUAACCUACUUAAUCACCAGCGGAGUCACACAGGGGAGAAACCAUUCAUCUGCUCUGUGUGUGGAAUGGGAUUCACUCAGUCAUCCACACUGCUGACACACCAGAGAGUUCACACAGGGGAUAGACCAUUCACCUGCUCCACAUGUGGGAAGAGAUUCACUCGUUCGUCCACCCUGCUAAGACACCAACGAGUUCACAAGUGACUGCACGGAGUGCAUUAUUUUGUUGUUAGAAGGGGAGGAUUGGCAGACAGAAAACUUAAACACUGCGUCAUUGCUCCAUUUUAUCAGCCUUUGAACAUGAAAGUAGAAAUCGUUAUUCUAUCUGUGGCAUAACAUUUCAAACACCAGUGUAACUGGGAAAAUAGAGACACACAGCUUCAUCUAAGUGACUAUGUUCUAGUGAACUGACUUUGGUCGGAGCCUUAACCAGUUAAACCGCCUCAAAAAAAACCUUAACACACCAUUCACAGCAAGGAAAAAAUGAACACGUGAUAUGUGGCGUCAAUUGUUCAUCCAACCUGGAGAGACAAAAGGACAUCUGCACCAUUGAGAAAUCGUGAAAAUAUAAGGAGUGUGCAAAAAUAUUUGAUUAUUCAAAUCUGCUGGAAAUCCAUCGACAGAAUCACACUGGGGACAGACCAUUCAUUUGUUUGUGAGAACUGAUUGACUAAGUCAUUUGACCUUUUGUCCACCAGCGAAUUCACAAUGAGGAGAAGUCAUUUGGCUGCGGUUCCUGUGGAAAGAUGUUCGGCAAUUACUUCACACUCUCUGUGCACCAAUGUACUCACACUUGAGAGAGACCAGUCACCUGCUCCGAGUGUGGAAAGGGAUUCACUCAGUCUUCUAAUCUGCUGACACACCAGCAAGCCCAGAGUGUGGAAAAUGCUUAAAACGUUCCAGGGAACUGAAGUGUCACCAAUGUGUUCACGCUAGGUUUAGGCAAUCAUCCCAACUCACUGUACACCAGAGGAUUCACAGUGGGGAGAUGCUGUUCACCUGCUGUGUGUGGAAAGGGAUUCACUUAGUCAUCCAACCUGCCGAAACACCAGCAAGAAAGUAAAGUGAUUGGAUUUUGCUGUUAAUCUCAUCUGGAAGUAAACUAUGUUCAUUGGGAUUUGUUUCUGGUGAUGUUAAUAAGUCUCAGUCCAGUUAUAUAGUUAUAAGGGUGCAGCAGGAGAGCAUUUUGCCCAUGACUUCAAAUGUUCUCCAAAUGAGUAUCUCACUUAGUACCAUUCUCACAUCAAGUAUUUUCCCACAUCACACUUGCUACUUUUGCAAAUUACUUUUCAUCUGUGUUUUUUCUUUCUUGAUCCUUCUUUGAACAGGAACAAUUUCUCACUGUCUACUCUAUCCAGACCCUACAUGAUUUUGAAAACUUCAGUCAAAUCCCCUUUAGCCUUCUCUUCACUAAGAAAAACACAGUCUCAACUUCUGCAAUCUAUGUUCAUAGCUGGUGUUUCUCAUCUGUGGAACUGUUUUUAUAAAUUUGUUCUGGACUUUCCCCAUUGAUUACUCAUUCAUCUUAGUGUCGCACUAAGAACUGUAUAUCCAGUUUUUGAACUAUGGUUUAAAUUAUGUAACGUCAGCAUAACCUCCUUGCUUUUGUACUUUAUACCCUCAUUAAUAAAGUCCAGUAUGUUUUUUUAACUGCUUUCUUCCUUUAGCCAGGUAUGCUAUGGCACAUCUUUUGGAGUAGUACCCUUUAUUUUAUAUAGUCUGUGACAAUGUAAAC